AUGCCUAAACGAAAAAAAUCGUUUGCUGACCAACAUGAACUAUACGAAUCUAAUGAUUCUGAUGAUGAUUGUGCUGAACUCAUUGACCUUCCAAACCCAGACGAUUCCGGAGACUCAGAUGAGGAAUCUGAUAAUGAGGAUUUUCAUAGCAGCAAUCUUGAUGGAAAUAUUGAAGAUCUUCUUUCUCAAUACACAUAUAGAAAAAUUUCUAAAUGCUAUAGAGAUGAUCAAACAAAAUUGGAGAAUGAACACCCAACAGAUAAAAAUCCCAACGAUAAGGCAUGGAGAGUAAGAGUUUUGAUGAAUAAGUUUAGAAAAAAUAUUCAAAGAUUUGGGUAUUUUCAAACAGCCUUAUCCAUAGAUGAAAUGAUGGCUAAAUCAUACGCCAGAACAUCCUUGUUACAGUUCAUUCGAGGAAAACCUAUACGGCGUGGUUUGAAGUUUUGGGGAUGCUGCACAUCUGACGGAUUUUUAUUAGAUUUUGAUUUAUACUGCGGUAAAGAUACAAAUGCAAAUCUUCUGAAUAAAUGUUCUCUUGGUUCUCGAGUUGUGAUGAAUUUACUGGUACCAUUUUCCAAGAAAUUAUCUAGUACAGAAAUUCCUCGAUUCCAUCUUUAUUUUGACAAUUUUUUUACGAAUUUUGAUCUUAUUUUACAUUUGCAAAAGCUAGGACUAAGAUGCACGGGAACAAUAAGAGACAAUCGCGUACCCAAAGAAGCCAGAAAUGUGAUUGAUAAAAAAGCUUUAAGGGGUACAUGUAUUGCAAAACAUGAUCAGAACAGUGGAAUAAACUAUAUAAGUAUUAAGGACUCGAAACAAGUGUCAAUAGCAUCAUCGAUUGCAGGUGUUAGCCCAAAAUUACCAUCACAAAGAUAUAGCGCAGAGAAGAAAGCAAGAGUUGAUGUACAUUUUCUAUGUGCCUUUCAUACUCACAAUAAAUUUAUGGGUGGUGUUGAUUUACACGAUAAUCAUUGCAACAAUGUUCUACCAUGCAUACGUUCAAAAAAAUGGACAUGGGUAGUUUUGAUAAGGCUUAUUCAAUCUGCAAUAGUCAAUGCACUGGUGCUGUAUAACACUUGUAAAUCAGAAGAUAAAAAGGUAGGAUCUAAAGAUUUUACAAUGAGUGUUGCCAGACAAUAUCUUGAAAAUGGUAAGAAACAUAGAUCAAAGAAGCACGAAGUUUCGUACAAAGAACUAAAAAAAAACUGUUCCACUGCAAAAUGCCCGAUCAGAACCGCAAAAUUUUGCAACACAUGUUCUCUAUAUUUCUGUAAAACAUGCUUUGAUGAUAACCAUGAAAAAUAA